AGGGGCGAGGCGCUGAUCCACCGUGUCAUGGCUUCCUAACAGGAGGGGGAAGCGAUUCAGAGGAAAACAAGGAUUUUUGUUCAACACCGGAGCACUUUAUCGCUCUUUUCAGAACCUAAAUAUUGGGACAGAGGGGUUCGGCCUCCCUUUUUUUUGACUCCCCUCAUCCCUAACGGCCGCCCCUGGGAUCCAGGACCCUCUUUAAUUGUAUCAGUGAAUUUCCACUCGGUAAACCGUGGAAGAUGGCCGACCCGGCGGAGUGCACCAUCAAAGUGAUGUGCCGCUUUAGGCCCCUGAACAGCUCCGAGGUGGUCAGAGGAGACAAGUACAUUCCCAAGUUUCAAGGGGAAGACAACGUUAUCAUCUCGAGCAAACCGUACAUGUUCGACAGAGUGUUUCAGUCGAAUACGACACAGGAACAAGUGUACAACGCCUGCGCCCAGAAGAUUGUAAAAGAUGUUUUGGAGGGAUACAAUGGAACGAUUUUUGCAUACGGGCAGACAUCAUCUGGAAAAACUCACACCAUGGAGGGGAACCUCCAUGACACAGAUGGAAUGGGCAAUCCCCGGAUAGUUCAAGAUAUCUUCAACUACAUCUAUUCCAUGGAUGAAAACUUGGAAUUUCAUAUCAAAGUUUCAUAUUUUGAAAUUUACCUAGACAAGAUCCGGGACCUGUUGGACGGUAAUUUCAAAGACCAUUUGUCAGUCCAUGAAGACAAAAACAAAGUACCGUAUGUCAAGGGCUGCACUGAGAGAUUUGUCUGCAGCCCAGAGGAAGUCAUGGAAACAAUUGAUGAAGGCAAAUCGAACAGACAUGUAGCAGUCACAAACAUGAACGAGCACAGCUCCAGGAGUCACAGCAUCUUCCAGAUAAACGUCAAACAGGAGAACACUCAGACGGAGCACAAGCUCAGCGGCAAACUCUACCUGGUGGAUCUGGCUGGGAGUGAAAAGGUCAGUAAAACCGGAGCCGAGGGAGCUCUGCUGGACGAAGCUAAGAACAUCAACAAGUCUCUGUCGUCUCUGGGAAACGUCAUCUCUGCCCUCGCUGAAGGAACGGCCUACAUCCCCUACCGAGACAGUAAGAUGACCCAUCUGCAGGACUCGCUGGGGGGUAACUGUCGAACCACCAUCGUCAUCUGCUGCUCGCCUUCCUCCUAUAACGAGAGCGAAAGCAAAUCCACCCUCAUGUUCGGACAAAGAGCAAAGACCAUCAAGAACACUGUCACUGUAAACGUGGAGCUGACAGCCGAGCAGUGGAAGCAGAAAUAUGAGAGGGAGAAGGUGAAGAACACGACUCUGAGGAGCACCGUCACCUGGCUGGAGAACGAGCUCAACCGCUGGAGGAAUGGUGAAAGUGUGCCAGUGGAUGAGCAGUUUGACAAGGAGAAGGCCAACGCCGAGGUGAAGGCUCUGGACAACAUAAUCACAGAGAAGGAGGUGUCCACGCCCAACGUGCCGGGUGUCCGCCUCACCGACGUGGAUAAGGGCAAGUGUGGGGGCUGAGGUGGCCAAGCUCUACAAACAGCUGACGAUAAGGACGAGGAGAUCAACCAGCAGAGCCAGCUGGCGGAGAAGUUGAAGCAGCAGAUGCUGGACCAGGAUGAGCUUCUAGGCUCCUCCCGCCGAGAUCACGAGAACCUCCAGGCGGAGCUGAACCGUCUGCAGGCGGAGAACGAGGCGUCGAAGGACGAGGUGAAGGAGGUGCUGCAGGCGCUGGAGGAGCUGGCCGUCAACUACGACCAGAAGAGUCAGGAGGUGGAGGACAGGACCAAGGAGUUUGAGGCCAUCAGCGAGGAGCUCAGCCAGAAAUCGUCCGUCCUGUCGUCUCUGGACUCUGAGCUGCAGAAGCUGAAGGAGAUGUCCAACCACCAGAAGAAGAGGGUGACUGAGAUGAUGUCCUCACUGCUCAAAGACCUCGCCGAGAUUGGCAUCGCCGUGGGCAGCAAUGACAUCAAGCAACACGAGGGCAGCGGCCUGAUAGAUGAGGAGUUCACUGUGGCCCGUCUCUACAUCAGCAAGAUGAAGACCGAGGUGAAGACCAUGGUGAAGCGCUGCAAGCAGCUGGAGGGAACCCAGUCGGAGAGCAACAAGAAGAUGGACGAGAACGAGAACGAGCUGGCCGCCUGCCAGCUGCGCAUCUCCCAGCAUGAGGCUAAGAUCAAGUCCCUGACUGAGUACCUGCAGAACGUGGAGCAGAAGAAGCGGCAGCUGGAGGAGAACGUGGACUCUCUCAACGAGGAACUUGUCAAGAGCAGCGCUCAGGAGAAAGUUCAUGCUAUGGAGAAAGAGAAUGAGAUCCAGACUGCCAAUGAAGUCAAGGAAGCGGUGGAUAAGCAGAUCCACUCCCACCGUGACGCUCAUCAGAAGCAGAUCAGCAGCCUGAGAGAUGAGCUGGACCACAAGGAGAAACUCAUCACCGAGCUGCAGGAUCUGAACCAGAAGAUCAUGCUGGAGCAGGAGAGGCUCAGAGUGGACCACGAGAAACUCAAAUCCACCGACCAGGAGAAGAGCCGCAAGCUGCACGAGCUCACGGUGAUGCAGGACAGACGGGAGCAGGCCAGGCAGGACCUGAAGGGUCUGGAGGAGACAGUGGCCAAAGAACUGCAGACUCUGCACAAUUUGAGGAAGCUCUUUGUCCAGGACCUGGCUACCCGGGUGAAAAAGAGCGCUGAGAUGGACUCCGACGACACAGGUGGGAGUGCAGCACAGAAACAGAAAAUCUCCUUUCUUGAGAAUAACCUUGAGCAGCUCACCAAAGUUCACAAACAGCUGGUUCGUGACAAUGCAGACCUUCGCUGUGAACUUCCAAAACUGGAAAAACGUCUUCGUGCUACAGCUGAGCGGGUCAAGGCCCUGGAGUCUGCUCUGAAGGAGGCCAAGGAGAACGCCGCCCGUGACCGCAAGCGCUACCAGCAGGAGGUGGACCGCAUCAAGGAGGCCGUCAGGGCCAAGAACAUGGCGAGGAGGGGGCACUCGGCCCAGAUCGCUAAGCCCAUCCGGCCCGGGCAGCAGCCGGUGGCGUCGCCCACCCAUCUCAACAUCAACCGCAGCGGGGGGGGCUUCUGCCAGAAUAGCCAGACCGUGUCCAUCCGGGGGGGCAGCGGCACCAGCGUCAGCAAACCAGAGAAGAACUGAAGAGCAGCGGGACAGUAGGAGGACACCACUGAAGAAGAAAAAGCCAAUAUCACCCCCCCCCCCCCUCCACAACCUGUCAUUCCAUUACAGCGAUCAGGCUCCUCGUCGCUGCUUUGGAGCCACGAAGGAGUUUCUGAAUUAUAAAUAUAUAUAUAUAAAUAUUCCUGGCCUGUACAGCUCCACCCCCCCCACACCUCCACCCACUCUCCCCCCCCAAAAUCUCAUCAUGACUUAUCUCUUUUUCUCGUACUGGAUGUAAUAAUAAAACAAAAAAAGGAAAAGACGACAACAAAUUUUAAUUUACAAAAGGCUAAAUAAUAUUGUUAUCCACCGAACCAAACGCAGUUGUAUGAGCAUUUCUCGGCGGGCGAAACCAGCGAACACCUCACCGCGUGCAGCUUCGGGUUUCUUUUGCACAGUCUGUCGUCAUCUGUCGUGCGAGUAGGUCUGCACUGUGCCAUGCUGAAUGUAAGGGUAGCAAGAUCUAAAAAAAACAAACACAGAUAAAAUACCAAAAAAAAGAUAACCCCCAACACGAGAGAUAGCUUGACCCGAUUGGCUAUCCUCUGUACAUUUCAUCAUUACUGUUAUUGGUUGUUAACCACACUUUUCUCUCGAUUUGACAUUAAGGAAAAAACUAACUUUAAAAAAACCAAACUGUAAGGUUUUGAAUUGACUAGAUGGUGUCGAGCACUACUGUUCUGUCCGGUCUUGUACAAAUGUGGAGAGUGAGAACUGUAUGGCAACGGCAAGGGGGACGGCUCAAAAGAAGGAUUUCAAAAAACAACUUAAAAAGCCACGACGUGCAACAGUGUACUGUAGAUGUAUUUAACGAAAUACCUGUGGAGGCCAAUUGUUUUUAUCAUUAAGUUAAAAUGAAACCUAUACUCGUUAUUGGUGACUUCAUGAGAAGGAUGUAAAGAAUGUAAGAGGGAAGAGAAUGAUCCGGUUGACACAACAAAACUUCCACCUUUUUUUUUUAGCGUAGCUUAUGCUAAGUAGCUAAAUGUACUGUUUUUACUUCUAUCGGUGGUUACUAAUGCUGGCCGCUAUUUAUAUCUCUCUGCACAUUGGAGCACAUAGGCUGCAGCGAAUAGACUGAGAUAGCACACACAACGCUGGUCCUGUCCUAAUACACACACACACACACACACACACACACACACACUCACUCAUCUCCAGGACUUUUAGUUGUACCUGUAUCAUGAUUUCUUUUCAAGGAUGCCUCGCCUCUGUUUAUUGCUUUUUUUUUUUGUUCCCCCUCCACACCCUUUUGUUGUUGUUGUUGAUUCUUAUCGAUUUAGACCCUUUAACUUCCCCUCUUUUGGUUUGUAAAUGUGCAGAAAAGUGUUUUGCUGGGUUUAAUGUACUGUACCUCUUUCAUUGUUCCAUAGACGUUGUGUAGAUUCAUAUUUGAAAGGCGGGCAGGGGUGUGAGUCGAUGGGUCGGACCCUCGCCGCUGAUCAGCCAGUCAGGAGAGCAGGGUCUAAAAUUGCACAACAAUCUUCUGUCAUCACCUGUAAGAGGGGUUUAUUUAACUAAAUCUAGUCAGGGGGUGUGUAGGAUGUUUUAUUGUCUUUUUGUUGUGUUUUUAAUUCCCACCACAGCUCCCUUUUCUUUUUGUAACCCUGUGAAGCCCCACUGCAUCGGCUAAGAGCUUGUUGUGAUUGUAACCCCAGCGUGAGAACACUAACAUCUUGUGUAAGUGCAAUAUACUGUAAGAUACACUGUAUAUCGUGUGGGUGUGUUCGCUUGCAGUGGUAACCCUGCCAUAUGGAGUCACACAAAAAAAGUACUGCCCCUUUUUCUUGUUAGCUUCUGUUCCGCUAACUUUUAGCUCUCAAUGUAUUUUCUCAUCGAGGGCUUCUCUCAUUGCCAUUUCUCAACACUCUGAAACAUGAUACAGGAGUCUUCCUAGGACAUAUUGUAAGAUGAAAGAAUAUCUACUACUUUACUCGACAGUAAACUCCAUUUAAGAUGAAGACGCGUGCAGUGGUAGAUAUUCAAAUGACAAUAUUAACAGAAGCUUUUUACAAAUACACCGUAAAGAAAACUGCUUCUACAAAUAGUUUUUCGGCUACUGGAACCGAUCUAGCUAGGAUUGCGUCUCUCUAAAAGAUGUCAUACUAAACCUUGUAACAGGAAGCGUUUAGUUUAAUAGCACUUCCUCACAAUACCUGCAAACACUCCAUGUGUGGCUGUUUUUCGACUGGAGGAAUUAGUCGUUUCCAACGCCCUGUAAAAUGGAAUUGUUUGUUGAAGGCAAAUAAUUGAAAUAAGAAUAAUGACUUUCUACAAGCUGCAGGGCGGAGCAGCUCCAUGUAUCUACGACAGGACAGUGUUUGUGUCUAUCGAGAUGGUUUAUUCCAUCGGUGUAAUCUUCUAGAUUAGUUGUGACUUUGCAGCUUGGACCUCAAAAUGUUUAUCCUUUGACCUACCACCAAAACUGGAUAUGAAAUGGGGGGGGGGGGGGGGGGGGGGGGGGGGGGGGAAGAGAGGGAAAUAGUCAAUGAAAUACAGCAAAUAAUAUUUGAGGUCUUUACCUAAAUUUGAUUUUGCAUUAAUUCUAAAUAAAAACAAAAGUGUAGCCACUUUUUUUAUUACUGUGUAAUAGUUGGUCAAUUUUUAAAAGGACAGUUUUGAGGAUCUAUCAGUGGACAAGGUACUGGAUCAUUCCUGGAGAACUGGGGCACACAUAGCAGCGCUCCGAGGAGAACGGAGAGGGAAGUUCAUGAAAUCACAGUUUUGGAUUGAUUGCAUGAUGUAAAUGUAUGUGUGAUUAAAUAAUUAUGAGAAAACAA